AUGUCCAGAGCAGUACCAGGCCUCACCAGCAGGCUGUGCACCGCUGGAGCUGGAACCCUGAGGACGAUGGUCCAUGCAGCAGGUCCUGGACUCACCUACAUCCCAGCGGUGGUGUCCCUCAUCUGGCAGAGGUCCAGGCGACAGGCAGAACACUUUGUGAACGAGUGGAUUAAAAGACUCGCAGACGAGGAGGUGAAGAUGCUGAGGGAACACUCUGCUGGAACGGAAACCCCUGAUGACAGCGACCCCUUUCCGGAAAGCAAGCUGGAGGUGAGACCUGACCCGGUGUGGAGGAGGAGACUGGAUCUGAGGUGCCACGACAUCUUUAAAGCCUCCACUGACCAGCAGAGACGCAUCAGAGUCGUCCUGACCAACGGCGUCGCUGGCGUUGGAAAAACCUUCUUGGUGCAGAAGUUCACUCUGGACUGGGCAGAGGGUUUAGAGAACCAGGAUGUGGAUCUGCUGACUGUGCUUUCGUUCAGGGAGCUGAACCUGGUGAAGGACCAGCAGCACAGUCUCCUCACGCUGCUCCGUGUUUUCCAUCCAGCGUUACAGAAGCUCACGGCAGAGACGCUCGCUGUCUGUAAACCUUUGUUCAUCUUUGACGGCCUGGAUGAAAGCAGACCUUCUCUGGACUUCGACCACAGGGAGCUUGUGUCUGAGGUCACACAGAGGUCAUCAGUCAACGUGCUGCUGACAAACCUCAUCCGGGGGAAUCUGCUUCCCUCGGCUCUCGUCUGGAUAACCUCCAGACCUGCGGCGGCCAAUCAGAUCCCUCCUGCAUGUGUCGACAGGGUCACAGAAGUGCGAGGCUUCACUGACGCCCAGAAGGAGGAGUACUUCAGGAGGAGAUUCAGUGAUGAAGAGCUGAGCAGCAGAAUCAUCUCACACAUCAAGACGUCCAGGAGCCUCCACAUCAUGUGUCAAAUCCCAGUCUUCUGCUGGAUCAGUGCUACAGUUCUGGAGCACAUGUUGACCACAGACCAGAGAGGAGAGCUGCCCAAGACCCUGACUGACCUGUACUCACACUUCCUGCUGGUUCAGACAAAGAGGAAGAACAACAAGUACGGUGAGGGACAUGAGACGACUCCACAGCAGCUGACGAGGGCUGACAGGGACGUUCUCCUGAAGCUGGGGAGGCUGGCACUUAAACAUCUGGAGGAAGGAAACAUCAUGUUCUACCAAGAAGACCUGGAGCGGUGUGGUCUUAAUGUCACAGAGGCCUCGGUGUACUCAGGAGUUUGUACUGAGAUCUUCAGAAGAGAGUGUGUGAUCUUCCAGAAAUCAGUCUACUGCUUUGUUCAUCUGAGCGUUCAGGAGUUCCUGGCUGCAGUCUACAUGUUCCACUGUUACACCGAGAGGAACACAGAAGAACUCAAGAACUUCUUGGGAACAUAUGGGGACACAUACAGUACCUUCUCCCUGGAUGAGCUCCUGAAGAAGACCAUGAUGAAAUCCCUCACCAGUACAAAUGGUCAUCUGGACCUGUUUGUUCGCUUCCUUCACGGCCUCAGUCUGGAGUCCAUCCAGAGAGUCUUAGGAGGCCUGCUGGGUUGGACAGAGAACAAUCCAGAGAUCAUCCAGAGAGUCAUCAACAACCUGAAGGAGAUGGGGAGUGAUUUCAUUUCUCCUGACAGAAGCAUCAACAUCUUCCACUGUCUGACUGAGAUGAACGACCACUCAGUUCAUCAGCAGAUGAAACAGUUCCUGACGUCAGAGAACAGAUCAAAGGAGAAACUCUCUGAGAUCCACUGCUCAGCUCUGGCCUACAUGCUGCAGAUGUCAGAGGAGGUUCUGGAUGAGUUGGACCUGGAGAAGUUCAACACAUCACGCCAGGGUCGACGGAGACUGAUCCCAGCUGUGAGGAACUGCAGGAAGGCUCUAUUCUGGACUUGUCUCCUCUCAGAGACUCACUGGGAAGUCGUGGUCUCAGCUCUGAAGUCAGACCCCUCACAUCUGAGAGAACUGGAUCUGACUGGAAACAUCUACCUGCAGGACUCAGGAGUGAAGCUGCUGUGUUCUGGACUGGAGAGUCCAAACUGUCGACUGGAGACUCUGAGGUUGAUGAAGUGCAGACUGUCAGAGAUCAGCUGUUCUUCUCUGGCUUCAGCUCUGAGGUCAAACCCCUCUCAUCUGAGAGAACUGGAUCUGAGGAACAACAACCUGCAGGACUCAGGAGUGAAGGAGCUGCUUGAUCUACAGCAGAGUCCAACCUGUCGACUGGAGACUCUGAGGUGGGAGGGGUCUCCGUGGAGCUGAGUGUGAAGAGGACAGUGUGUGUGGACGGAGGCUGAGCUGUGUCUUGAGGAUCCAGAGGCUGAAGCAGCAGCAGCUUGUGUGUAGUCUCCAAUCUACACAACCCCUCAUCUGCAUGUGUUUGUGAGAUGAAGCCGGAGCACCUGGAGAAAACACGUGGAGAACAUGCAGACUCCACACAGGAAGACCCAUCUGAACCGGAUUCAAACCAGCAACCUUCCUGCACCGAUUGUUUUUAUUCACAUGAAGAAUGUGUUUAUUGAAAUGACACAACACAAGCAGAAUAUAUAAACCCUCUAUAAAGAGUCACAUACAGUGUGUUUAAGUUUGUCUUUAUUAUUGUCCACCCUUGUCUCUCAGUCUGUCUCCAUGUGUGUAGAACCACAUUCUGUGUAGAUGUUUGUUUAUGAUCUUAAAGUUCCUGGAUUCACGUCACAAAUUGAUUAAGUUCAACAUAAAGUUAAACACAUUGAAAUCACUUUGAGUUUAAAAUGAGUUUUGUCUUUGACACAAAAGAUCAAAACUCUGGACUUUUGACCCACAGGUGGCGCUGCAGUAUAACAGCAGCACAUCCCAGUCAAAGCCUUUAUAUUCAGUCUAUGAGUCAAACACAUGGAUCAUUUCCUCUGUGACAAACCAGAUGUAACGAGAAGAAAAACAUCUCAGAGAGAAAAGUUCUGUUUCUACUUGUCUCUGCUUUAAUGCUCAAUAAACAUCCUUCCACCGACUUCA